AUGAGGUUACUCAACACGGCAACUCCCCGGCUUGAGGAGUUCAUUGGGGAUGACAUACCAGAAUAUGUGAUUUUGAGCCACCGUUGGGGAACGGAAGAAGUUACUCUGCAGGAUGUCGAGACCGGCAAGGCGCCUGAGAAGCAUGCGGGCUGGUCUAAACUGAUGCUGUGCUGUCGUCAGGCCGCACGAGAUGGCUUUUCGUGGAUAUGGGUUGAUACCUGCUGUAUCGACAAGACAAGCUCGACAGAGCUUUCCGAAAGUAUCAACUCUAUGUAUGAAUGGUACCAGAGGUCAAGCAUAUGUUACGCCUUUCUCAACGACUGCCAUGGAAAGAAGGACUUUGCGAAAAGUCAAUGGUGGACACGAGGCUGGACCCUUCAGGAACUGAUCGCUCCUGCUGUUGUCGAAUUCUACGACGCGGAUUGGACCGAGCUUGGCUCCAAGUUGAGCCUUCACGAAGCAAUCACAAGCAUUACGGGCAUUGACAUGGCAAUUUUGACCGGUGUAAAUCAUCUCUUCGAACGCAACGUCGCAGUCAGAAUGUCCUGGGCUGCUAAUCGAAGGACGACACGUGUAGAGGACCAGGCGUAUUGCCUCAUGGGUUUGUUUGGGGUCAAUAUGCCUUUAUUAUAUGGUGAAGGCGAACGGGCGUUCACGCGGCUCCAGGAGGAGAUUAUCAAGGUGCGGGAGGAUUACACAUUGUUCGUCUGGUGA